GAAUUGAAUCGCCAGGCUCAGAGGUACGUGGCUCUCCCGUCUCUGCACUUGUCUCGUCAGGAACAGAUGCCAACGGGCUGUUUAGAACCCAUCGCGAGCGCAAGGAACAAUAUAUACGGGCUUUGGAAACGGAGGUGUCGCGGUUACGAGAGGCAUACACGCAAGAGAUCUCGGCGGCCAACUUGACGGUGGUUCAACACCGAGAUAUGGUGCAGUCGCUAUCAGACGAAAACGCCAUUCUGAAAGACAUCCUGACGGCCCAUGGCAUCAACUACGAGCCCGAAGUCGAGCGGCGCAAGGCUGAACGACCCACCAUCGGCUAUCAGUCCAGCCCAUUUGCCAGCAGUAGUACCGGAUCACAGCCCACCGGCGUUGCUCCGUCCAAUCCCUCCACGAACAACAUGUACACCACGCCACCUACGACAGUCUCGGCCAGCUUGAGUCCGAUCACCACUGGGAUCGAGCAAAUUGAUGUGUCGUCGAGCGAGAUGUCACCACCGCAAGGGCCGUAUCAGGCCGCUCCGUGUGACGCCCUGGCGACGCUAGACCAGAUAGCGCCAGUGAGCCGGGCGCCGAGGCAGCCAUCGGGCAUCUUCGAAGAACUUCCCCAGCUGCAGAUUGACUUUAUUCUGACAUUGGAAUCGCCGUGUCGGGAACACACCGACUAUCUCUGCCGCCGAUCGAUCACCGAAGCCGAUGACGAGGACAUGCCAUUCUCGGGUCAUGCCUUGAUGGCGACCUGCCCGCCGCCCAGUUACAUCGCGAACACCUCGAACGAACAGACUUAUCCGCACAAGACCUACGACCUCCCUCAUGCCAACCUGUCGACCCUUCUCAACCUCAGUCGGCAGCUCGUGACGGAUGGACAGAUCACCCCCAUCAUGGCGCUUCAGUGUCUCAAGAACCACGAGCUCUACCGCAGCCUGACCAAGGACGACGUCAAGGUGAUCAUCGAGACGCUAAACACCAAAGUGCGCUGCUACGGCUUUGGCGCGGUGGUGGAAGAUUUCGAACUGAUGGACUGCCUCAGCAGCGUGCUCGGAUCUAAGGUCGAGGGCGCCCUGUCACAUCCGGGAGAUGAGAUGAUGUAUUCGUGAGCUGGUCUGGCGGUAGUGACCUAAUCUGGACGGAGUUUCAUGGGGCGAUUCAUUGGGUUUGGGUAUCUGUUCUAACACGGAUUUUGAUUUGGCGAGGUGUAUAUAAAAGCUCUGGGAGCAAGGCUGUUCUUUUUCUUCUCACUUCUAUCUUCCUUUUGAGGAUUCUUCCUAUGGGGUUCAACGCCAGAGCGGUGCUGGCCAUACAACUUGUUUAAUCUUGAAGGUGUCUUCUAUUCUAUUCUCCUAUCUGUUUUGGUAUCUUUUUCCAUAUGGGUUCAGCGAUGCCACCCACCUAAUCAAUAAUCACGAGAACCACGAAUGUCCAGCUAGCUUAGCUAAAUCGCCAUAAUACAUACAUACAUACAUACAAACCAUACCCUACAAUCAAAUAAGACAUAUAAUAAUACUAACAAUAAUAAUAAUCAAACAGUAAUACCUGUAACAUCGUCCCCCCUCCGAAUCCUCCCCACCACCUCCCUCACCCUCUC